UGUCGGUGGCGGUGGAAGCGGCGGCUUGUUACCCCUUUUCCCCCUUUCCCUCUUUUCUUCUUCUCCCCCUUCCCCUCGCCUUUCCCUCACAGGGCGCGAGGCGGAAAGGCAAGAUCGGCGGCGGAGCGCGAGGCCGAACCGGAGGAGGGGGCCGCGCGUGCGCCCCCUGGAGCGGAGAAGGGGGGGAGGAGCGGUCUCUUAGAUAUUCUGUUUCAAGUUAUGGAUUGAACCAACUCUUACCUGGUUUUAUUGAGAAGGAGAAAAAAAUACUUGUAUAGCUAUACAUUAAAAUUUACCAGUAGUUUGACCACAGAAGAGAUCAUCUACAUCAGUGUAAAUGAGUCAGAAUGGAUCAGGAAGGUGGGGGUGACUUCCAGAAAGCCCCUAACUUCCAGUGGAGAAACUACAAGCUCAUUGUUGAUCCUAUGCUUAAGGAUGGCCCGCACAAGAUCUACCGCUAUGACGGAGUGCAUUUCAGCACUAAUGACUCAGGUCACACUCCUGUAAAAGUUGUUCAGGAUCCGAGACAUAGGAAAUGGUCUAAAACCAGAGAUCUUUCUCUUCCUGUCCCAAAAUUUAAGCUAGAUGAGCACUACGUGGGCCAGAUCCCUCUGAAAGAGGUGACUUUUGCUCGGCUCAAUGAUAACAUCAAGGAAUCCUUUCUCUGUGAGAUGUGCAAAAAGUAUGGCGACAUUGAGGAGAUUGAGAUUCUGUAUAAUCCAAAGAAUGGCAAACAUCUGGGUCUGGCCAAGGUGCUCUUCACCAGCACACGGGGGGCGAAGGAGACAGUCAAAAACCUGCACAACACUUCAGUCAUGGGCAACAUCAUCCAUGCCCAGCUGGAUAUCAAAGGUCAACAACGUAUGAAAUAUUAUGAACUGAUUGUGAAUGGCUCUUUCACACCCCAGACUGUCCCAACUGGAAGCAAAAUGCUGAAUGAGAAGUUCUUACCUGAUUCAUCAGAGUCUCGAAGACAUCAUUCGGCCAAUUCCUUGUACCCGAGUAAUGCAAUGCCUUCAACGCCUGGCAAUGGCAUCCCUUGUUCUCAGGACACUCCAUACUCCAGUGGCCGACAGGACACACCUUCUUCCUAUGGCCAGUAUACACCACAGUCCCAGGGGACUCCGUAUACCCCUCGGGGAGGAACACCAUAUUCACAGGAUUCUGCCUACUCUAGCAGGCAAGGGACCCCAGGCUACUCAAGCUACCAGCCAGAAUCAACAUCCUACAAAUCGUCUCGGCAUGAGAACAGCUUUUCAGACUCGUACUUCCGCUGGCACUAUGUUUCAUCCUCAUCUUCAUCUUCCUCCACUCACUACCGCAGCAAUGACCAUCACUACCCCCCUUACAGUCAACAGUUUGCUGGUAGCAGCAGCAGCAGUGGUGCGGCCACAACCAGUAGUAGCCGAUAUCAGCGCCUCUCAUCCACCUCAGGGCGAUCUUCCUCCUCCUCCUCUCAUCGCUCUCAUCCAAGAGAGGACUCUGGCUUCCAUUCUCGACACAGAGAACGUUCUCAACGGGAUGAUCCUACUCUUCCAUCCACCGUCACGACCACUACUCCUUCCACCUGUGUUGUCACUGCAGCUUGCUCCUCAUCUGUAACAACAGCAUCAGAAAGCAUUCAGUUCCAGAAUAGUCAUGGCUUUGCCCAGCAGAGUGUGGAACAUUUCCCAGCACCCAGUGUGCUCUACCCAUCUUACACAGCCACCCCAGAGUCCUUCUCUGUGACUGCAGAACCCCAUGCUGUGGAUCAGGAUUACCGGCUGCUCCCCACGGCAGAAACGUUUGCAGCCAACUCCCUGCCUCCCACAGAAUUUCUUUCUCAGGAAACUAAAGAGAACAUCAGUCCAGCAGUGACUGUAGCCCCUGGGAUUGAUGACCGAUCCCAUUCCCCUGCUGUGCAGACCUCACCGGCCCGAUCUGGUUCCCCUGUCCCUGAGACUACCAAUGAGAGUGUACCCUUUGCUCAGCACAGCAGCUUGGACUCCCGCAUCGAGAUGCUGCUGAAGGAGCAGCGGUCCAAAUUUUCGUUUCUCAGUUCAGACACCGAAGAGGAAGAGGAAGAGAAAGGGGGUCCCAAGGGAGCAGAGCCACAUGGCCCUUGCACCCCACCACCACCUCUUCCAGUCAGCUUUGAAGAUGUGGUGCCAGCCAUGGAUGAGGCAGCAGGAGACGAAUCCCCAAAGGCUAAUGGGCAAGACAGAGCAUCUCAGCAGUCUUCAGGUGAAGACAUGGAAAUUUCUGAAGAUGAAGCCGAAGUUGAGCCUGCAACUCCUGUGGCAGGGGUGUCCGACCCUCAUUUUUCUGUGAUGCCAUCAGUUCUGGGCCACAUGCAAUUGGGGGUGUCCUCCUUUACUUCCCACCAUCAUCCAGAACCACCGCCCUCUUAUCCAAUCCAGCCUCUCAUGUCCGUCUCCCUCCCUCAUCUGGCGGGUAAAACCCAUUCACUCCCUAAUUUUGGCCAAGUCGGUCCCCGUCUCGGUCAUCGCCUGUCCGAUUUCAGAGGACGAGCAAAUGUGGUGGGUGGAGGCCGUGGUGCUCCCCACAUCUAUGACUUUGUCAACUCCAUGGAGCUCAUGAACAGGCUUGGCAACCAGUGGGGUGGGAUGCCCAUGUCUUUCCAGAUGCAAACCCAGAUGCUUAGCCGCCUUCAGCAGCUGCGUCAAAGCAAAGGCCAGUACGAGGACCCUUUCUCCUACCACCAAGACGCAGCUUCCUUUUGUGGUCGUCCUCUGUAUGGUGCCGGGUACUUAUUGGAGCAGGGCACUCACCACUUCCAGCGAGACCAGCUUUUCAUGCAACAGCCAUCAGCAGUUGGAACCUCAGAGCAGCAGCAGCAGCAGCAACAUUCCUCGGAGCAGCCGCCUCUGCCCCCUCCACAGAGGCAUCUUGAUUUCCGGACAGCUCCAUGGGGAUAUCAGGAAGAGGUGGCUCCGCUCCCACCGCUUCCUGAAGAUCCACACGCCUGUGUAGUGGACAGUGUCCUUGCAACCCUCAUGCAGGAGAUGAAGAACAUCAUGCAGCGAGACCUCAAUCGCAAGAUGGUGGAGAAUGUGGCUUUCAGCACCUUUGACAAGUGGUGGGAGUGCAAAGAGGAAAAGGCCAAGCCUUUCCAGAACACUGUUAAACAGCUAGUCAAAGAAGAGGAGAAGGACAAAACCAAACUGAAAGAUCCCGCCCUUCUGUCUCUAGUGGACUGGGCCAAGAGUGGUGGGACUGGUGGCCUGGAGGGCUUUGGCUUUGGGACUGGCUUUCGAGGAGUCCUCAGGCUCCCCUCCUUCAAGGUGAAAAGGAAAGAACCCUCUGAAAUCUCAGAGUGCAGCGAAGUGAAGCAGCCCUGCCCUUCUACUCCUGCCGAAGAGGAUGCGGAAGAUAAAAAAUCCUUACAAAUACCCAAAACCUCCAAGAGGGACGAUGAUAGGAUCAAAGGUCCAGGAAAGCGGCAAAAACUUUUUUGUCUGGACAGUGAAGGAGAGGAGGCAUCUGAGGACUCCUCCUCAGAGAAGGAGGAAGAGGAAGAGCGCCGUGAAGAUGAACAAGGUGCCGGAGGACACAGCAGAAAGAGGGAACAAUCUGAAGAUCGUGAUAGCGAUGGUUCGUCCAAAUAUUCACCUUAUGAGGAGUCUGAUGAUGACAGCGACAGCACUUCUGAUUCCGAAAGCAGCUCCUCUUCCUCCUCUUCCUUGUCAUCAUCAUCAUCAUCGUCAUCUGAUGAGGAAGAGGUUGAGAGCAUGGAGGAAAUAGAUGGCUCUGCCACUCCACUGGAGUCAUUGGGACGCACGGAAGAGAGAAUAUGGCCAGCAACAGACAUUGAGAUGGGCAAGAAGUCAGAAGCAGCUCUCCUUCAAGGCCAUGUUGUUGAGGAGAAGCCUGCUUUACCUCAGAAUGAUACUUUCCUAGUCCCAGCAAUAGAGGAGAAAGGUGUCUGGAUAGCCCCAGAAGAGCGAACACGACAAGAACGAUCUUCCUCACCCAUUCCACUUCUGCCACCACCCAAGAAACGCCGGAAAACAGUGUCCUUCUCAGCUCCUGGUGAGGAUGAAGGGACCUUGGAGAAGCCACUGGAAUUGGCACCUUUGGGUCUCCUAGCCCCACUGCCCCCACCUCCUCCUCCUGUCCCCAUAGAGGAAGCACAAUCUCCGUUAGUUCCUGUGGAACCCAUGCUACCACCCCAAGUGUCCUUAACUUCAGAUACCCCUGUUCCAGUUACUUGCUCCUUGCCUCCCCCAGCCUCCCCGGUAAAGCUAGUGGCUCCUCCCAGCCGCAGGCGGGAGCCGCCAAAAGCAAGUCAAAGGACAAUCAGCAACCUGCCAGCAGACCACGCUUCUCUUGUGAAGUGUUGGUCAGAGGAUAUGCCAACUGGUCGCUCCCGAAACCGUUCUCGCUCCCGAAACUCAGAACAUUUGAGGAUACCACAACCCCCAGAGGAAGAUAGACUGCAUAUGCGUGAGCAGAUGGGAGCUUCCUCACUACUGGAGCUGGCCAAUCAGCCUGACCUGGCCGUACUGGCUGAUGUGGCUCUCAAGAUGCCCACCGUUGCAGGUAGAGAAGAUUUGGAGGAGACCUUGGAUGAAUCUCAGGAGCCGAAGCGUCUGCUUCUUCCACCCGUGUUAUCCCUUGAAGUCAGCAGCAUCUUCAUGGAGCAUAACUAUACCAUGGCAGUGCGUGCAAAACCAGUAACUGUCUCCCGGAAACACGAUGAGGCAGCACUACUUGGUUCUGCUGACCUGUUGCAGAUGGAAGUAUUUAAUGAGCACAUUGGUGAGGUUCUGGAGGCUCCGGAGGAGAUAGUGGCAGAUGCCAGUGAAGUCAGAACUGAAUCUGAAGUGGGCGAUCUUGUAGCACUGGCGCCCCCACCUCCCCAACCCCUCGAAAAGCCUAAGAUACCUGCUGUCCCAGACCAGCAGCAGCCACAGAUGAAGAAACCUCCACACGGCCUAAAGGAGGAGGUGGUAAAGGAUAUAGGAGCAUUACCUUUUGUCCCAGAGAGUCUGUUCCCUUCUGAGAGUGAGGAGGAGGAGGAAGAGGAAGAGGAAGAAGAUGAUGAGAGCCUUGAUAGCAGUGAUGAAGGGGAGAUUCGUAGGAGAUCUCUGCGCUCUCAUUCACAUAAGCACACCCCUACCCAGCCCCCAGUCUUUGAGACACGCAGUGAAUUUGAACAGAUGACAAUCUUGUAUGACAUCUGGAAUUCAGGGCUAGAUUUCGAAGAUAUGAAAUACUUGAGACUGAUGUAUGAGCGUUUGUUGCAUGAGGACAAUAGCACAGACUGGCUGAAUGACACCCAUUGGGUCCAGCACACCAUCACAAAUAUUGCAAAUCCCAAACGGAAGAGGAAAUUGUCUGACCUGCGGGAACAUCAAACAGGUUGUGCUCGUAGUGAGGGCUAUUACCACAUCAGUAAGAAGGAGAAGGACAAAUACCUUGACAUGUGCCCAGUCACAGUGCAACAGUUGGACACCACUGAUACCCAGGGCACCAACCGCAUCUUGUCAGAACGACGAUCUGAGCAAAGGCGUCUGCUGAGUGCCAUCGGCACCUCUGCCAUCCUUGACAGUGACCUUCUGAAACUUAAUCAGCUGAAGUUCCGAAAAAAGAAACUCCGGUUUGGACGGAGUCGAAUUCAUGAGUGGGGCCUGUUUGCAAUGGAGCCUAUUGCUGCCGAUGAAAUGGUCAUUGAAUAUGUGGGGCAGAACAUCCGCCAGAUGGUGGCUGAUAUGCGUGAGAAGCGGUACGCUCAGGAAGGUAUCGGGAGCAGCUAUCUUUUCCGUGUGGACCAUGACACAAUCAUUGAUGCCACCAAGUGUGGCAAUCUUGCUCGUUUCAUCAAUCAUUGCUGCACACCCAACUGCUAUGCCAAAGUCAUCACGAUAGAGUCCCAGAAGAAGAUCGUGAUCUACUCCAAGCAGCCCAUCAGCAUCAAUGAGGAGAUUACAUAUGACUACAAGUUCCCAAUUGAGGAGAACAAGAUUCCCUGCUUAUGUGGCACAGAGAACUGUCGGGGGACCCUGAAUUGAAACAGAAGCCUGGCAUUCCUAUUUAUUUUGUUUGUUCACCCCAUUUUUCACCAGUAGUUCAGCAUCUCUUCCCACAGAGCUGCCGUGGGAAAGUUCUCAGUCGCCUUAAGACCCACCUAGAAUCUUUUAGAAGUUUUCCAUUUGCCUCUCCUCAGGUUCCUAAUCAGUGAGAAAUCUCCUUUUCUUCCAGUCAAUCAGAAAUGGUUCUAUCCUUCUCACUUACACUGGUGUUUCUGUCAUUUUUGAUCCAACUCCAAAACAGAUAGCAGUUAAACACCUCUUCCUCCUUAGAUGAAGACCAGCUUUAAUCUUAAUUGCCUACAAGUCAGUUCUGCUUUUAAAUUUAGCAAAAAGUUUGAGUCUCCUGUUCACU